AUGAUUUCUAGAUUCACUCUCAGAUUUAAAUCCAAUCAAAUAGAAAACGAGUAUCAAUAAGAAUAGCAUGUCCAUUUAAAAUCAGAGUUUACUUUAUUUUCUAUAUAGACAAUUGUAUGAUAAGAACUUAUAUAGUUAUUUUUUGCAGCCUACAUUAUUUAUUACUUUUAAUAACAUACUUUCAAUUUGAUUGUUGUAACGAAUAUUCUAGCCUUUAUGGUUUUAAUCUUAUUACUAAGAUGCCUAAUUAAUAGAUAUCCUAGUUCUAAUAAAUAUAUUCUGCCUUUACUGCAAAUUUAUUUUGCUUAUAUUUGGAAUCUUGAUGACUUUUUUCCAUUAGAGACCUAUGAAUAAGAUUCCUCUUAAUAUUCCAAUUACUAUGAUUAUAAUUGGUAUUAUGGACUUUAAGCAUUUUAUUUUCAUUUUGGUAAAUAACCUUUUUAAAUUUAGCUGUAAUGUAGUUAGGAUAUUAGAUCUGGCCAUAGGCAGUUACUUUAUUGAUUAUUUAUAUUUAGUAUGUGACUUAUUAUCCUUCAAAAACUUUAGAGUAUUACGCUAUGUGUCUUACAAUUUUUUUAGUUUUCAUUGGAUUGAUUAUGAUGAAAUAUACGAAUGAAAAAACAAGGCGUUUGUAAUUUAGAAAUAGCAGAGAGUAAUAUAAUUGGAUAAAAAUUAUUGAUUAAAUUCUUGAGCAAUCAGUUUUAGUAAUUAAAUUUGAUGAAAGAUAAGAUCAAUUAAUAUUAUCAUCAAUUAAUGAUUUAUCAAAGUAGAGAUUGAAAAUUAGAAACAAUAAGGAAUUGAGAACUGUCUUAAGAGAUGUAAUAUUUAUUUAUUUCAUAAAGAUGAUUAUCAUUUAAGAAAGAAAUAGAAAUGUUGAAGCUAAGAAAGGUAAUUUAGAGGAAGAAAUUAGAGAUAUAAUUUAAAAUUAGAAAUCGAAAUUAUCAUAGUACUAAUUAGAAGUAAAAUCAUUGCAACAUAAUAAAGAAUUAAGAGUAAAAUUAAUACAAUCUAUUAUGCAAGAGGAAGAUUGUGUAAUUUUGAUUUUUGAAUAGAAUUAAAAUAACAAAAUUCAUGAUUUCUAACAAGUUAUGAAGAUCAAAGAAGCAUUUAUAUUAUUUUUAUUGCAAUAAUUAACGCUUUCUUUAAAAACUAUAAGAACAAGACUUUAGAUAAUCUUUAUAAUUAUAAAUAUUUAAUAAAUUAGGCUUUUUUUCAAUUAUUAACAUAUACGAAAUAGGAAAGGCUGGAUUUAAAUAAAUCAAAUAUAAAAUUAGAUGAAUUUGCUUUUCUAAAAGAAAAUUGAAUUUAUUUUUAGUAAUUAAUUAAAUGGAUUCAUUACAAAUUAGGUUUAUUUUUUUAGCAUCUUGAUUAGUUUUGCUUAACUUUUUGAUCUAUUAUAAAAGAUUAAAAUAAAGUAGAAAAAUUAGUUAAAUUAGGAAAGAUUGAAAAUAACUUUAGAAGGGUCUAUGAUAGAAACUUUAUCUAAUGCAAAAGUGCUUAAAUAAAACUUAAACUUUACUCUAAAUCCUGAAUAGAAUUAUAAAAUGAUUUUAUUAAGUUUAAAAAAAAUAAUCGAUGAAAAAUCUAUAGAUAUUCAAAAGAAAUCCUAAAUAAUUACUAUCUAUUUUACUAAAUUUUUAUUAUGGAAUGCAUGGAAAGAGAGCAAAAUAAAUAUAAAAAUAAUUAAUGGCUUGACAAGCCUAUCUUUCGAAUUUUCAUUAUGA